AUGCCCGGACAAUACACGCCACCCACAUCGCCAACCCCAUCAGAUCAAACCAUAGCGCACGAUAUGCACCACAAUAACAUGACGCCGCCGCCACAAACGCUAGCCACCUACUCACCGAACUCCAGUAGCUCCACCAUAUACUCGUGCUCUUCGGCGGCCAACAGCAACAACUCACCACCGCCGGCGCCACAGAAGGAGUCGCGCAUGUUGCGCACACCGAAAUGUGCACGCUGUCGCAAUCACGGCGUCAUCUCUUGUGUCAAAGGUCACAAAAAGCUUUGUCGCUGGCGUGAAUGCUGCUGUCCGAACUGUCAGUUGGUUGUUGAUCGGCAGCGUGUGAUGGCCGCCCAGGUGGCGUUGCGACGUCAGCAAUCUAUGGAAGCAUUGGAGGCACAGUCGAGUGGUCACAGCGUGUUGAGUGAAGAUGCUACAGAAACAAGCACAACAACACAAACGUGUGGUAAUACGGGUGUUAAGACAACUUCCAGUUCAUUUCGCACCAAACAGGCGCUGAUCGCGCAAAAAAAGAUCUACAAGCAACGUUUGCGCUCCCUACAACAAACCACGCUGCACAUAACCGCUGCUAUGGAAGAAUACAAGCAACGUUUUCCCACCAUCAAUUCACCGUUACUGGAGCGUAUCCGUAAGCGACGCGCCUUCGCCGAUCCCGAACUGAAUUGGGUGAAUCUGGAUGCCGCCACAUUGCUGUCUACAACGACACCUCUAACACAAUUUCACACGACUGAUGCGCCGCAUGCAACAAUCGCCAUGCCCAACACACUGCCACAUGGUCAUGGUAGCGCUUAUAUGGGUUCGCCGCCACUGCCGCCCUACUUUGUCACGCCCACAUUGUUUCCAGCAGCUGCGCCUGACACCUAUUCCUUCUGCAGCGGCUUCGAAAAAUGUCCUGCUGUUGCUACCGCCGCUCCGCCAUCCAUCGACUCGCAUUAUGCUCCUUUACCGCUGUGGCAUGCCAACCCCUUGUCAACGCCGACAGCAGCAACUGCUUCUACGCAAGUGUCACCUGCUACCACGCCGAAUGGUGCGCAAGCGCAGUGUGUGGACUUGAUUGCGCCUGUUAAAAAGCCAAAACUUAGCUUUUCCAUUGAAUCAAUUAUUGGCGUUAGCUUAUAA